ACGUGUUAUUACCCGGAAGUUGCUGAAGGAAAAUACGCGUACGUGUGUAUUUGAAAUUAUUUCUCGUCCUCGCUGUGCAGAAGGUGUUUUUACAAGCCGAGAUGGACCUGCCAGACUUAGAACUAUCAUCUCGUGAACUAGAUGAGAAGCUGUUCCAUUUUAUGAGUCAACUCGAGCUCUUAGAAGAAAAAAGAGCUUCUUUAAACGCGCUGAUUGAGCAGGGAUGGUUUUCCAUUUCCAAGGCACGAUAUUCCAUGGGAAAUAAACAAGUGUCAUCUCUACAGUAUGCCAGUGAAAUAGAGCCACGUAUCUUCAUUCAUACCCAACCUUUAGACAAUGGUGAGGUAAAGUUUUCCACCAACAAGGUAAGCCAAAGGUCUAAUGAUGAUCUGAAGCCUGUGGAAGAUGUUGGGCCACAAGAAACAGGUGUUCGAAGAAGAAAUAAAAAAAUACAGGAUACUGAUAAGUAUGAAGAGAGUGAAAAAAAUAUUUCUGAGCAACCAUGUGAAAGUCAAAAAAAUAUAAAAUAUGACCAGAAUCUCCAGCAAGACCCAAUAAAGUGGUUUGGUAUUUUGGUGCCACAGUCUCUUAAACAAGCACAGUCUUCAUUUAACCAAGUGAUUGAGUUGUCAGCAGAUAUUGCCAGUCUGCAAACUGCCAUCGUAAACAGCAGACAUGAACUGUGGAGCGAAAUGGAAAAACUCCAAAUCCAAGAGACCAAUUCAUAAUACAAUAAAGACUGUUUGGGAGUGGAGAUUAAAUAAAAACAGUACAAUACUA